UCCUUCGAUCAAAAGAACCUUCCAGGAAGGUUCCUACUGGCAUAACAAGUAAAAUGUUGCAAAAUCCAUGCUUUAUAUAAGAACUGAACCAUCUACGCAAAUGGCAUUCACUGCAAAGUUGAGAAGUGAAUACACAAGCAAAAUUAAAUUAAUUAAUUAAGCUGAAAGCAAGAGAAAAUGAAGAUGGAAAUUGAGGAAGUUGGCAACUGCGAAGCACUUCCCCUGCUUUCACUGAACCACGUGUCCCUUUUGUGCAGAUCAGUGUGGGAGUCUAUGAGGUUUUAUGAGGAUGUCUUGGGCUUUGUUCCCAUCAAACGCCCUUCUUCUUUCAAGUUCACUGGAGCCUGGUUUUACAAUUAUGGUAUUGGAAUCCACUUGAUCGAGAAUCCCAACAUUGAUGAAUUUGAUACCUGCGUGGUUGAAGAAAGGCCUAUUAAUCCCAAGGACAACCAUAUCUCAUUCCAGUGUACUGAUGUUGAACUUGUUAAGAAGAGGUUAGAAGAGAGGGGGAUGAGGUAUGUGACAGCUGUGGUGGAGGAAGGAGGAAUCCAGGUGGACCAGGUGUUCUUCCAUGACCCAGAUGGUUACAUGAUUGAGCUCUGCAACUGUGAGAAUAUCCCAAUCAUUCCUAUUUCUUCUUGCUCUUUCAAGCCUCGAGGCCACAGCUUUAAGAAGGCUGCUCCCAACAAGUGUGGAUUCAUGGAGAAUGUGAUGAUGGAAAGCUUGAGCACCGACAUGAUCAAUUUCUCCUUUUAACUAAGCUGCCUAUUGUUUUUUAAACAAUUGGAGAACAAUAACUUCACUUCCUACCUUUCUUUUUUGUUUAUAAGAUAAAAAAAAAUGAUUGGUUGGGGGAUAAAAAGAUUAAUUUUUAUCUGUAUUGUUAUUAAUUUUGUUAAAACCUAUAGAAACUUAAGCCUCUAUGUGGUCUAUAAAUCUUGGUUUGCAAGGGAAUGGUGGACCAAGGUAAAUCUGUAUUGUUAUUGUAUCAUCAUGGUUUGUUUGGAAUAAAAGAAAUUGUGAGUUGCUAAGUUGUA